CAAACCUUGUUGACCCAGCAACCCCCAUAGCAAUCUACAUUUGUUGCUCAGGUCUACGCAGAGAAAAUUUCUAAUCUCGCUUGUUUCUUCUCUCUUCUGCUUGCCCUUCGAUUUCUGGAAAGAAUUAGCCGAUGGAGGUUGUUGGAGAGUCUGUUCUUUCUGCUACCCUUGAAGUUCUGUUCGGGAAGUUGGCUUCCCCUGAGUUGCUCAAGUUCGCUCGCCGAGGGGAGGUCAUUGCUGAACUUGAAAACUGGAAGAAGGAACUGAUGAUGACUAAUGAAGUACUGGACGAAGCUGAGGAGAAGCAGACAACAAAGCCGUCCGUGAAAAAUUGGCUUGACGAUCUCCGAGACUUGGCUUACGACAUGGAAGAUGUACUGGACGAGCUCGCGACCGAGCUGUUGCGACGCAGGUUGAUGGCAGAAGGAGCUGAUCAGGUGGCCACCACAAGUAAGGUACGGAGCCUCAUCCCGACUUGCUUUACUGGUUUCAAUCCUGUUGGUGAAGUUAGGUUUAAUAUUAAGAUGGGGACCAAGAUCCAGGAAAUCACUAGGCGGUUAGACGAUAUUUCUUGCCGGAAAGCUAAGCUGGGUUUUCAUACGGUCCCGGGUGUUGAAAAAAGUGGGGAAAGGUUUGCAUGUGGAGCAACUUCUACCUGGCAACGACCCCCCACUACAUCUUUGAUUGAUGAACCUGUUCACGGCAGGGAUGAUGACAAAAAGGUUAUUAUUGGGAUGCUGUUGAAGGAUGAAGGCGGUGAAAGCAACUUUGGGGUAAUUCCCAUUGUAGGCAUAGGUGGGAUGGGGAAAACUACACUGGCCCAGUUGAUAUACAGGGACGAUGAAAUAGUGAAGCAUUUUGAGCCAAGGGUGUGGGUGUGUGUAUCAGAUGAGAGUGAUGUAGAGAAGCUGACGAAGAUAAUUCUCAAUGCCUUCUCUCCAGAUGAAAUCCGUGAUGGGGAUGACUUUAAUCAAGUGCAACUCAAGUUAAGCAAGACUCUGGUUGGAAAAAGGUUUUUGCUAGUUUUGGACGAUGUGUGGAACAUUAACAAUUAUGAGCAAUGGAGUCACUUACAGACCCCCUUUAAGUCGGGGGCUAGAGGAAGUAAAAUUGUAGUAACAACACGUCAUACAAAUGUUGCAUCAUUGAUGAGAGCAGACAACUACCACCACUUGCUCAAGCCUUUAUCUAAUGAUGAUUGUUGGAAUGUAUUUGUGAAACAUGCAUUUGAAAACAAAAAUAUCGAUGAACAUCCAAAUUUGGGAUUGCUUGAUACAAGGAUCAUAGAGAAAUGCAGUGGCUUGCCCUUAGCAGCAAAGGUGCUCGGUGGGCUUCUACGCUCCAAACCACAGAAUCAAUGGGAACAUGUACUGAGUAGCAAAAUGUGGAAUAGGAGUGGUGUUAUCCCAGUGCUAAGAUUAAGCUAUCAACAUCUCCCUUCACAUCUAAAAAGAUGUUUUGCUUACUGUGCAUUGUUUCCAAGGGACUAUAAAUUUGAGCAAAAAGAGCUAAUUUUAUUAUGGAUAGCGGAGGGUUUAAUUCAUGAAGCAGAAGAAGAAAAAUGCCAAAUGGAAGAUUUAGGUGCUGAUUAUUUUGAUGAAUUAUUAUCUAGAUGUUUUUUCCAACCAUCAAGCAAUAGUAAAUCCCAAUUUAUAAUGCAUGAUUUGAUCAAUGAUCUAGCUCAAGAUGAUGCUACAGAAAUAUGCUUCAAUUUAGAGAAUAUACAUAAAACUUCUGAAAUGACUCGUCAUUUGUCAUUCAUACGUAGUGAGUAUGAUGUAUUCAAAAAAUUUGAAGUCCUUAACAAACCGGAGCAAUUACGAACAUUUGUUGCAUUACCCGUCACCGUAGAUAAUAAGAUGAAAUGUUACUUAAGUACUAAGGUGCUUCAUGGCUUGUUGCCAAAGUUGAUACAAUUAAGGGUGCUCUCUUUGAGUGGUUAUGAAAUAAAUGAGUUGCCAAAUUCGAUUGGUGACUUGAAACAUUUACGGUAUCUUAAUUUGUCUCAUACUAAACUCAAAUGGUUACCUGAAGCAGUGAGUAGUCUCUACAAUUUACAAUCAUUGAUAUUAUGCAAUUGUAUGGAACUCAUUAAGUUGCCUAUUUGCAUUAUGAAUUUAACCAAUUUUCGACAUCUUGAUAUUAGUGGUUCAACUAUGUUGGAAGAGAUGCCUCCACAAGUUGGAAGCUUGGUAAAUUUGCAAACAUUGUCUAAGUUUUUUCUAAGCAAAGAUAAUGGGUCACGAAUAAAAGAAUUGAAGAACUUGUUGAAUCUCCGAGGAGAGCUUGCCAUUGUAGGGUUGGAAAAUGUUUUGGAUCCAAGAGAUGCAAUGUAUGUCAAUUUGAAGGAGAUACCAAAUAUUGAAGACUUAAUUAUGGUAUGGAGUGAAGAUUCUGGUAAUUCAAGGAAUGAAAGUACUGAGAUAGAGGUCCUUAAGUGGUUGCAACCUCAUCAAAGUUUGAAAAAACUGGAAAUUGCACUUUAUGGUGGCUCAAAAUUCCCGCAUUGGAUAGGAGAUCCAUCCUUCUCCAAAAUGGUUUGUUUGGAACUUACAAAUUGUAAAAAUUGCACAUCAUUGCCAGCACUUGGGGGUUUACCUUUCCUCAAAGACUUGGUGAUUAAAGGAAUGAAUCAAGUUAAAAGCAUAGGUGAUGGGUUCUAUGGGGAUACCGCAAGCCCUUUUCAGUCUUUGGAAUCUCUGAGAUUUGAGAAUAUGGCAGAAUGGAACAAUUGGUUAAUUCCCAAAUUGGGACAUGAGGAAACUGAAGCAUUGUUUCCUUCCCUCCAUGAGCUUAUGAUAAUAAAAUGUCCAAAACUGAUCAACUUACCUCAUGAGUUACCGUCCCUUGUGGUUUUUUUUGUUAAAGAAUGCCAAGAAUUGGAAAUGUCAAUUCCACGACUUCCACUUCUUACUAAAUUAAUAGUAGUUGGGUCGUUAAAAAGUUGGGAUGGUGAUGUCCCCUCACUUACCCAAUUACGCAUUUGGGGAAUUUCGAGGCUGAGUUGUUUAUGGGAAAGGCUUGCACAACGCUUAAUGGUCCUUGAAGAUCUGGGAAUAAAUGAAUGUGAUGAGUUGGCAUGUUUGAGGAAGCCUGGAUUUGGACUGGAAAACCUUGGUGGUCUGCGACAUUUAUGGAUCAAUGGGUGUGAUGGGGUUGUAUCGUUGGAAGAGCAAGGGCUGCCUUGCAAUCUUCAAUACUUGGAAGUGAAUGGAUGCUCCAACUUAGAGAAGCUGCCAAAUGCAUUGCACACCCUCACAUCUCUUGCAUAUAUGAUAAUUGAUAAUUGCCUGAAACUCGUGUCAUUCCCAGAGACAGGUUUGCCGCCCAUGCUAAGAGAUCUUAGUGUGAGAAAUUGUGAGGGUCUAGAGAUACUACCUGAUGGAAUGAUGAUUAACAGUUGUGCCCUUGAGUACCUGGAAAUUAAAGAUUGUCCAUCUCUUAUUGGCUUUCCGAAAGGGGAGCUACCUGUCACCCUUAAGAAGCUGAUAAUUGAAAAUUGUGAGAAACUAGAGUCUCUACCUGAGAGAAUUGACAACAACUACACUUGUCGUCUUGAAAAGCUUCAUGUAUGGGGAUGUCCAUCUCUCAAGUCCAUUCCGAGAGGCUACUUUCCCUCCACACUUGAGAAACUUGCCAUUUGGGACUGCGAGCAAUUGGAGUCGAUUCCAGGGAAUCUGCUGGAAAAUCUCACGUCUCUUCGACUUCUGACCAUAUGUAAUUGUCCAGAUGUGGUGUCCUCUCCAGAAGCGUUUUUGAACCCCAACCUUAAACAACUUUCUAUUUCAGAUUGUGAGAAUAUGAGGUGGCCUCUAUCUGGGUGGGGCCUCCGCACACUCACCUCACUUGAUAAGCUCUGAUUCAUGGCCCAUUCCCAGAUCUGCUUUCUUUUCCCGGCUCUCACCUACUUCUUCCUACAUCUCUCACCUCUCUCGGGUUGGUAAAUCUCCACAACUUGAAAUCCGUAACCUCAAUGGGUCUCCGAAGCCUUAUGUCUCUUAAAAGCCUUGUAUUCUACAGUUGCCCUAAGCUCCGGUCUUUUGUGCCAAAGGAAGGGCUACCACCAACACUUGCAAGACUUGUAAUCUGGCGGUGUCCUAUUCUAAAAAAGAGGUGCCUCAAGGGCAAAGGAAAUGAUUGGCCCAAGAUUGGCCACAUCCCCUAUGUGGAAAUAGAUGACAUUGUACAACAAUAACAGCUUCAAUCAGGGGCUGCCGUGGUCGACAAUAAGUUGUGGAGUUUUGUGCUCAAAACCUCGACUCUCAUGAAUGUGCCCUUAGCUUUUUCCUUAUUUUUCCAAAGGAAGGUCCCUACCCUCUUCCAAAACAGAGGUCCAAAAGAAAUUUUAAGGCCCUAUCAAAUGUGGCACCAACUUCACUUCCUACCAAGGGAUGGGCAGCUUGGCAAACUUGCAGAACCUAACCCACAACAAGAGGCCUUAUAUCUGGUGCUUCAUUUUGCUUAAAGCCAGUAUUCUAUUUCAAUUACCAUUAAUUAAUAGAAGGAAUUCUCCCUUACUAAACACCAAGGUUUUCUGGGAUUCUACCAUCAGCUUGGAAAUAUGUAUUGCAAAACGGGGGAGAGACCCUUACUACUGGCAACUGGUAUGUCAAGCAGUUCAGGAUGCAGAGAAAAGGCAUAUAUCCCAGGGUUAUUCUUCAGGUGUUGAAGACGUGGAUGAGGUUCAUACACCAGAUUCUGACUAUAUUAAAUAAGCUAAAUCUUGGCAAGCA